UGUCAAAUGACUCAUGUUUGUUGAAAUUUAUUUGUUAAUAUCUGAAGUGUAUAAUUGAAAAUGUAAAUAAACCAAUUAUCGCAUUACGGUAAUUCUUAGUUUUAGAUAGUGUAAAGAUAAAACCAGUGCCACUAUUGGCAUGUACUUGACAAAGACUAACAGGAGAAACUUUAAAAACACACUUGUUCUGUGCAUAAGGCUGAUCUUAAAUAGAUUUAGAUGAUUUAUUUUCUUUAGUAUUUCUAGAAAACAGGAAAUUAGGAUGCAGUAGGUUUGUUUCUGGCUUGUGGAAAUGGACUCUCCCCUUCUAGCUCUAGCUGGUCCCAAGUAUUCAUUCUUAGUGACGAUAGUGGAUUGUUGUUAACCACAGGAUCCGCUUCUAGUGCCAAUUCGAGUUUUGAAAGCAAGAGUGACAAGAGGCAUUAUCAUUUUGAGGAUAGUGAUUGUGAAGAGCGUUCACUGUCGCAAGACGACUCUUUCGAUGGAAUGUCUGAUGUGAUCUGUGGUGAGAAUUUUAAUACGCUAAAAAAAGGACCCCACUGGACUGAACUUAAGGCUCCUACAAGUCCUAUUGAGCCUCCUCUGGAGUUCCAAGACAGGCCGGCUUCACCAGAUUUUGACUUGUUUUAUACUAGACUGACUAAAGAAAUUUUGGAAAUGGCUUUGUCUGAUCUACACGAUUUUUGGAUAGAGAAAAAAAAUAAUUGUAUACAAGAACAAACUCAACAAAUCCAUUCAUCUUCACCUCCGCCACUGCCAUCCCGAACGACAAACUACAAUCCACCUCCGUUACCUGAUUUUUUUAACUAUAGUAGUACUCUAAGCAAAUCAUCAUCGUAUCUUUCACGCGUAUCACCCUACAGAAGCCAGAGCAUGUGUUACUCCACCCAGAGGCGUCGUUUACCCUCUCCGACCUCGAGUUUCGCGAACUCCGCCUCCAAUUUCGCUAGCUCCGCCUCCCCGUACGUCACGCACACCCCCAGACCCUCCUCUAGGUCCUCGUUAGGCGGGUCUUCAAGAUUAAGCUCCUCCCACAAUUCCCUGACCGUUCCCCAUACGCGUAGAGUGGACGAUUCUUCGUUCAUCACGCAGGCUGUUUCUCACGAUACUCUGUCCUCUAACCAGAUCAGCGAUUUGUACAAUGUUCCUUUCGACAGCGAUAUGUACACUGUGCCGAUUGACGUUGUGCAAAAACCGUCGGUGAAACCGAAAAAAGGCGGGGCUUACAGUAGUUUGGGUCUGGGUGGGAACAAGAAGAGGAGGAAGCAUUUGACGUUGUUGAAUAGGGAGGGGGAUAGAGUGAAUGGGUGUGAGAGACGGAGUUAUCAAAAGAAUGCUGUGUUGAGUGGGAGGAGUAGUGUAGGGAGGACAGAACAGACAAUUUGGUAUGAAACAAAGCGUCACAGUGUUGCCGGUACGUCGGCUACAACGGGAAAUGAACCCAUCCACAUGUCCCUGCAGGAAGUGAGAAAUUACCUGCAAACUCUGUAUUCGAGCAGUUCAGAUUCCAGUGAACCUAUAGAGAGCAAUUACAGGAAAAGGACUAGUAAUUGCACCAAUGGGGCGUUUGUUAUAAACAAUAAUAAUAACAAUAUCAACAACAAUAAUAAGUACCACUCUAGAAGUAUAGGGUGUUUAGGAAACAAUCAGAUUACUAAUAGACCAAAAAAAUCGACUUUUCUAAAGAAUAUUAAGAACAAAAAAGUGAAAGACAGUUGCGAAAAUGCGAAAACUCUCACUAUAUCGCCGAUCAAAAGAGAAGAAAGAAAAAGAAGGCUGUUUAAUUUUAAGCAAGUUCUGUGCAGUAUAUUUGGCUUCAAAAAAUAUUUUUCUGUCGAAGAAAAAUCAGACAAAUGUGAGGCGGAGAAAAUUUCCUAUGAUGUGGGAAAUGGUAAUGUUGAAGAAACAAAAAAUUCAUUAAGUAGUAGAGCUCUACCGCCUUUGCCAUACAAGAAGAAGGAUAAAAAGAAUUCGGUAGAACAACCGUCUGAUUUUUCUACAAGCCUUCAAAUGGUUAAAGAUUACGGUUGGUAUUGGGGUCCAAUUUCCGGUGAAGCUGCAGAAAAACUCCUGUCAAAUGAGCCGGAGGGUUCGUUUAUAGUGAGAGACAGCAGCGACGAUCACUACAUUUUUUCAUUAACUUUCAAGCUAAAUAACAGCAUCCGCCACGUUAGAAUAGACCAUGAUCAAGGUAACUUUAGUUUUGGUAAUUGUACGAAGUUCAAGUCCCAAACUAUCGUAGAAUUUAUAGAAAACGCCGUAGAGCAUUCGAGGAGCGGUAGAUACCUGUUUUUCCUCCAUAGAAGACCGGUGAUUGGACCAAUCAGGGUGCAGCUACUCCAUCCAGUGUCGCGCUUUAAGCAAGUGCAGAGUUUACAGCAUAUGUGCAGGUUCGUGAUCCACAAAAACGUGCGCCUCGACCUUAUUCCGAUGCUGCCGCUCCCACGGCGCAUGAUCGACUACCUGAACACGCCCCACUACUACGCCGAGCACUUUGUGGACGUGGCGGACAGCGGAGGGGACGACAACGCGCCCUCCUCCGGGGACAACACGCUGCGCAGCGGCUUCGCGCCGCCCAUCCCUAGCGGCGGACCCGCCUCUAACCCGCCCGCGGCCAAUCAGGGUCCUCUCCGCGGUGACGCCAACGAGUAUAUGGUCUUUAAUUUUUAGACGGCAACGAAACGGAGGUAGGGAGGUUUUUGAGGGUUUGAGCGAAGCUUGAAUCCUAGAUCAUAUAUACUUACGUGGAUAAGUAAAUGACUAUGGAAACUGUCGCAAACAUAUCAACGACUUCCAUUUAUCUUCUUUUUUUGUUGCACACGCGGUGCUUCUACUCUGU